AUGCCAGCACCACUUGCGACAAGGCCUGCAAAGAAGUCGUCCUUCGCGUUUCGUCCUGGGAAGCGGAGCAGAGAGCCUCAGACUUCUCCUUCUACACUGUUCCGGAAAACUACUAGGUACUCAUCUGCCCUGGGGCCAGGAUCUGUGCUGCGGCUCGAGCAGACGACAAACCUGACAAACUACACUGUCCCCGCACCACUGACCAUGUCGCGGAUACUCUAUACCACGGAGGACCUGAAUGGGACUGUCAUCCCAGCAUCAGCUUAUAUCCUAUGGCCGUCAAGCCCUCUCGAAGUGCCCGUGACCAGCUCAUCCUCGAACAGCUCAGAGUGGCCCAUCGUCGCAUGGGCCCAUGGCACCUCGGGAGGUUUAUCUCCCUGCGCGCCGAGCAACUACCGCAAUCUGCAGUACCACUUCCAAGUUCCCUUCACAUUGGCCCUGCAAGGCUACGUGGUCGUGGCUCCAGACUACGCAGGGCUCGGCGUCGGCAGGCUUCCGGACGGGGAGGAGAUAGGGCACCCUUGGGGAGCGUGGCCUGCACAGGCAAACGACCUCGCGAAUGCCGUGUCGGCAGCCCGCAACGCAUUUCCCCAAUAUCUCGACGCCAAUGGUCCCUUCAUCGCCAUGGGCCACUCCCACGGCGCUGCGGCCGUGUGGUCCUUCGCAGAGCGCCAGGUCAGCAAGCCCGUGGCGGGCUACAGAGGCGCAGUAGCCCUUGCUCCGCCGACCGGCGUCAUCGACCACGCCCGGAGAGCCCGUUCCGACCACGCCGAGAACAAGACCCAGCUCUGGACGAAUUCAUUCCUCAGUUUCCAGACACCGCUCAUCAAGGGCGUCACCGCCGCGUACCCGUGCCUCAACCUGUCGGGCAUGACCGAGCUCGGCCGGGACAGGUGGGUCAACGUCCAGGAGGCUGUGCAGGGCUGCCUGCCCACCAAGCAGGUAGCGAGCACCGGCGCGCCCUUGGCGGAGCUGGCGCAUCGCAACUGGACGGAGCACCCCGCGGUCCUCGAGUUCGAGAGGAGGACUGCGUUUGGGCGGAGGCCGUUCAGAGGGCCCUUGCUGGUCAUGUCCGGCGACUUGGACGCGAUCACUGAUAUUGACGGCUUGAAAGAGACAGUCACGGAUACUUGUGAGGCUCUAGGCACCGGAAAAUCCCAGGAGAGUUUGCAUUUCGUCGAGUAUAUCGGACUGAAUCACUUCCCCGUGAUCCAGGCCAGCCAGGGUAAGUGGCUUGGUUGGGCAAGGGAGCGAUUCUUCUCGUCUGGAGAUGCGAAGGUGGGAUGCAGGGCGGAGGUUGUCAAAGGCUUCAGGGCCGAGGUUUCCAUCAAUACGUUAUUUCCGAACUUCUUACUGGAGACCACGGGCGAUGGGAAUAAUUGGAAGUACUCCCUUUGA